AGGAGUUACAGUACACCCAACACUGACUAUCUGGGCUAAUUGAGCGUAAUAUGCAUACGGGAGCAGACCACUUGGGCUGCGAUAAGUUGUGAUUUGUUCUUUUGACUUUCGCUGUGACCUCCGGUUAAAACAAACUGUUGUUAACUUCUGUAACUUUUAAAUUUUAAGCUGUAUCGUAUCGCAAAAAGAUCUUAGCGAAGCUGCACGUCGAAGGAGGGAGAGAAGAGAGCAAAUGAGGCGAGAACUAGAGGAGUCAAAAGCCGACGAGGAUGACGCUGCUGCUAGAAGGGAGGCCCGCAGACGAGAGCGUGAGGCAAGACGCAAGCAACGAGAGCAGGAGGAGGAAGAACCUGCCCCUGCUCGGUCUAGCCGACGAAGAGAUCAAGAUACAGAGGAGACUGACAGCUCUUCCAGAGAUGGAUCUGGGUAUAUUUCAUCUCGUCGACGUCGUGAAGUGGAGAAAGAGGAGGAAGAAAGGAAGCAGAAGGAGAAAGAGGAGGCUGAAGCAGCGGAGAGGCAGCGCCAGAGAGAAGAGGAGGAGCGCCGCAGACAAGAAGAAGAGGAGGAGCGACAGCGUGAGGAAGAAGAGGAAGAGGAGAGGAGAAGACAAGAAAGAGAGGAAGCAAGACGCCGACGACGUGAGCAAGAGGAGGAGGAAGAACGUGAACGUGCACGCCGCCGCAAAGAUGAGGAGCACUCUAGCCGAUCACGAUUUGGCAGAGAUCAGGAGGACAAUGCACCAUCACGCCGUCGCCGCGGAAAAGAGGAAGAGGAGGAAGCCACACCACCCCAAGAUAAUGAAGAGGCUGAAGAGGAAGAAGAGACCAUCUUUGAACAGAUGUCUCCGCAAAAGAAAGCCGCCAUUCUCGAGGGCUUGGCCGCGGAGUUCCGUCGAAUUGUAGAAGCCCGUGAUGCGAAGGGCCAAAUGGUAGCAGUCUCCGCCCAAGAACUCGACGAGCUCGACCUCAAAGUGCGAUCACUUAGAACGCAAGUACGAAAGGCAGAGGAAACAUCGAACGCUCUACAAAAACAACAGAAAGAGCUUGAGAUCAAAAUCAAGAACAAUGAAAACGACGUUAAAAGACUAAAGAAAGACUUACAAGCUGCCGAGGCAGAAAACGAACUCGCCAUCAAGGAGGGAAAGAAAGUUGCCCCCACCACACGCGUCGCACCAACUCAAAAGAAAGCUUCUCCGGAUAUACCAGCAAGUACUGAGAAAGCUUCGAAAAAGCCGGAGAUAAGACAAAAAGUUUUUUCAUUGGAAAGACGAAAAACUCAAGGAAAAGACAGACCAGAUGUCAAACCUAAACCGAAAUGGCAAAAUCUAUCUUUGAGGAAGACAGAAGGGCCCAAGGCACCACUCCCGACAGUGGAGGUGUGGAAGUCAUGUCGACCUGACUGGUCUAAGGAUCUAUCGCCUACGAGUAGACUGAGAAAAAGAGAAAAUGUGGAUAUGAAAAGCAUUAAAGAAGCCUCGACAGAUACCAGUCUUCCUCCUAGGGUGCGACCACGAUCUCGAACAGCGGAUAACCGCAGUACAUCAGACAUGAGUGCGCAAAGAAAACUUCUCACCGCUGACCUACAGAAGUCCCUCCGAACCAAAUUUGGAGAGACACCGAAGAUCAGCUCUGAAACUCGACCCUGUGCCCCGAGGAGACGCGGUGGGCUUGAAGAUGAUCCUGACACUUCGCAUACUCACAAACCCGAUGUCAGGAAAUUUGCUGAUCACCGCCGGAACGUUAGGCUAAAAACUCGACAUCGGCCAAGUACGAACCCGGUCAGGGGACUGAGAAAGAGGCGAGAUGUCAGAAGCGAGUUGUGACGUCAUUUAUCUAGCAUUUCUACGGUCUUCAACCCACGGGCUAUAGGAUAAUUUGAUUCCGACAUGAAGUCUAAUGUCUUUUUUAGUGCUUGCGACCUUUUAAACGACGCGCUGUGUAACCGCCGCCACCUUGUAAAUGAGUAACUAGUCGAGUUACUCAAGCGCGUAGGGACAGAGCUCGCUGCAGGAGCGAAAUAAGGCAAAUACAUCCAGUCAAAUUAGGAAUACGAGCUUAUUCAACACUAACAAGACAUUAGACAUCAUUUUGGUGUAAAAUUAUUCUGUAGCCCGUGUUGAACCUGCUACACUUUCUUCAGUCAAUUACUCUGCAUUGACUAUGAGUUAUUGUCUAAGUAAAUGCAGAAAAGGAUUAGGCGAUACCAAAAAAUUAAACAAACGAAUGAAUCGAAUUGUGUACAUAAUUAUGAAUAAUAGUAAAAAAAAAAAGAACUAAAUCAAUACAUAAACAAAAAGUUUUAUGGAAUGAAAUAAAUAGCGCAAUGAUCGUGUCAACAAAUAACCCCAUACAGGCUCUCGGCCUUGGUCGCAUUGAAUCAAUAAAAAAGCCUAAAACUCUU